AUUUGGCUUUUGAGUUGGCCAAUUAAGCCGCAGGUACGACGUGGUCAAGUGCCGCAUCUGCAGCUGUUAAGCAAUACCUGGUGUUUCUGUGGUCUUCUUGUAGCAUUCGUCGCCCCGCGACACAGAAUCGAACAGUGUCCUAGAUUCGAGGCAUUCAUUCAUGCCUUCAUUAUCCUUUUUCUGACCUCUGUUGUAGCGACAUUGAGAUAGAUCUCUACACAGGAGAUACUCUCGGUAUGGACGAGCAAGUCUAGAUGAUUCGUUCAUUCUUUUUCCAGGGCGCCUAUUUCCUUCUGGACUUCGUUCAGGAAUUUUAAGUGGCGCUUUUAGUUCUUGGCUUCAUAAACCCUAGCGUGAUUCCUGAGCCUGACGUCUUUACUGAAGCCUUUAGAAUCGCUUAUCGAAGCGUUUUAGCGUCUGACAACAUUGUGUGGGAACAGAGCUGCAAAUCUGGUCUCCGGUCUGUUUGUCGACGGAUGUUAUCUUAACUUCCUCGCUGUAGUAGUACCCUCAUCGGCACGCCUGGAUUGUCUGAAGGCAGGGAGGUAGUUUGGGCAGAUCUCACAAAAUUAAUUGAACCCAAUCCUGCAAAACGCGCCAUCGCGCGCCAGUGUGGUAGCGAUUUCAUUCGGAAGUUUUGCGUGUCGCGAAGCGAUUCUGGUCGGAUUCGGUAGCGUUGAUCCGAAAUCCUUAGGUAGCCCAUUUGAUGCUGUUAGUAUCUCAGCUUCAGCAGUUCUUGGGGUAGAUGGCAACUUUAUUUCAGAAACCUUCAAUAAGACCGGUCAGCAGUUGCUCACUUACUUCAGUAAGGAAAAGUCGGUGUUCUUUGCACAAGUGCGUCGCUUUGAAGACUCUCGAGCUUCUCCCUUCAAUCAGCAUUCGAAGUGUGGAAUGCGCCUAACUCUGUUUUGCGUUCAUAUUGUCUUGAAACGCACUAAAAUCCGGAACUAUUUUUAUACUGAGCUAGCCGUGGGAAUGUAGGUAGGAUCUACGCAACUUCGUGCAAUCGGGGUCUCCAGAACCCGCGAAGCUUGGCACAAUCCACGACGUCAGGAAUCUAUGACAGUUCGAGGCGUCUCUGAUGUGAGUCACUAACCCGACUCUCCGGUUCCUCAAAGUGUACUUUGGAAACUAGCUUUAGAGGCUUUUUCAGAGAAAUAGAUUACCGAGCUCGCGACGCCCUCGAUAAGAGCUUGUAGGCGUUCGUCUUGUGAGCCGGUACGUGACUAUCUGCAACUUUGGUACUCACAUGUUACCUCAAAUUCCUCUACGGCGUCCACACAGCAGCGAGAAAUGGGCACGCAUUCUUGUUAUUCGUAACUUGGUUCAUGUAGUCCGGUGAGACUACUAGGUUCAGACGCUGAGGCGCAGUGGUGCUAAGAGAAGCAUUUACAUUGGUGAACUGGAGUGGAAGAGUAGAGUGGAGGAAGAAGAAUACCAAGUAGCCCGCGGACUUCUCUUUCAACGCACCCGCCCUGGUGGUUGUUUUCUUCCAUUCAAAAGGUAUGAUUUACCUCAAUCACGAACUCUUUCGAAUCGAGACGCUGCCUGCGAUUCUUUCUUGAUGAUGGACCUCUUUGGAAUUGCUGCGAGAGAUUGCAGCUGCCUGUGUGCAAGAAACACCUUCAUUGAAUUCCAAUAGCCUUCAAUGUACGCCUAGGAGCGCUACAUAAAAUGAUCGCGGGGGACACAAAAGUGAGAAUUCUAGAAACACUCAAUUACAUUAUUCGUAUUUGGUGACGGUGACUAUGUAAGUUCGCUGUAUGGUACUCUAGGGGGAGUUUUUAUUUUUAUUUUUUAUUUUUUAUAUGUGCUCAUUAGCAAAAACGGUUUUCAUAAUCGCAGCCUUGAAUCCUUGACCUGUUGAACAGGAUCCGUGUUUGAAGAAUAUGACCCAAAGCUUUCAUUCAACGAACCCCAGAGUUUAUGUCACAGUACCAUGACCUGAGCCGUGUUGUCGAAAUCGGUGUUAACUUGUUAAGACUCGUACGUCCCAUCGCUUACCAGACAAUCCAUUAACAGAACAUGAGUAUGGCAGUGGGAGCGCGACACUCUCGGUUGCGAUAAGUUGUGAAAUAUUCCAGUGCCAGCUAUCUGUCUGCCUGUCUGCCUGUCUGCACGGCGCUUGACACAAAAGUCUCUUUCUUGCAACCGUCAACUAUUGCUGCCAGUCCUCGUUUCCAAGUUUUGUGAACCCAGUGACGAGGAUUGUGCUUCACGUUGCAGUGACUUUGAGCUUAAUGGAGCUGGUCAUCGAAACUGCUUGGCCACAUCUGGGUUGCCUUUGCUGGCAUCUGCUGCAGUUUGACCGCCCAUAAUUCACGUGGCGUCUUUUCAAGCAUGCCUGUGGAAGAGAGAGGUCAAGGACUUAAAUGGUACCACUAUACACACACGAUUUUAUUGAAACAAACUAGACGGGUGACAUAGUGGGGAAAACAAUUUUUCCAAGUCUCUGAGCUGGGGUUGAUGGCACAAAACUGUGGAUGAUCACAUUUUGAUGUCGAUGGCGAGCAGGUAUCACAUCUUGAUGUUGAUGGCGAGUAGGUAUCACAACUUCAUGUUGAUGGCGAUGGCUGCUCAUGGCAUUGCUACUAAAUUACAAAUCGAGGUGACGAUGAUAGGGAUGAGAGCUGAUUGUGUUGCAUGAGUGGUAUUGUGCAGCUGAGAGCCAAUUUUAUGUGAGGGGAAGCUUUGAGCCAUUAGCUUUACCAAAUCUGGUGUUACGUCUGCUCCAUGCGACAUGUCAGACGCUGGGGGGAAGCCCUGUGGGAAUGAGAAAGAGCGAUCCCCGGAUGGUAAUACAGGUGCUGAUUCGGGACUCGAUGAUCAAUACGACUCCGGCGAACGCAUGGAGAGCCCCAGUUCGUCCAGACGACAAGAGUCUGAAGUGCGGAAGAAGGCCAAGGUUGAGGGGGAUACCCGGCACCCUGUCUAUCGAGGGGUUCGCAAGCGGCCCUGGGGCAUCUGGGUCACUGAAAUCCGGCGACCCAAGAAGAAGUCUCGCAUCUGGUUGGGAAGUUUUGCGACGGCGGAGAUGGCAGCUCGUGCUUACGAUUGUGCAGCUCUGGCUUUAAGAGGGAACGGCGCUCUACUAAACUUUCCAAAGAUGGCGAACUCGCUUCCACGACCAGCAGACCUCACUGACAAGUCUAUUCAGGCGGCAGCCACAAUUGCGGCCAACAAUUUCGCACAAUUUCGAAGUGAGAUAGACGUCUAUGGCGCAUUGCCAACACCAUUUUUUCAGUUUUCCUCGUCGAAAGUAGACUUGGAUCACCUGAAACACGACUCACCGUGUCAGAAUCCAAGGCAAUCAUCGAAAUGCACCACAUCCACAUUUGUUACAGGAGCAAGAAGCUUGUCGCAGAGACUGACAUCUAACCCAAUUGGGAACAAGUCCACCAUUCCAUCGUCCCAAAUAUCCUCUUCAAGUGAGCGAGCGGACGAAGCAAUCCCGCAUAAAAGUAUAGCCAGCACUGGCAAGUCUCAGACUAGGAGUAAAGAAACUGCAGAGUCACUUUGUAGAAACAGAAGCAACAGCGGUGCGAGUGUUACUGAUAGAGAGACGAUGGAGCAUCUGCAUCAUCAUGCCACUGGAGGAGAAAAUCAUCCACCAUCUUCUUCCCCUGGCGCCCAACAGGUAGUGUUUGUCGAUUCAGACGAUAUGUUCGUAGUGGGAUUAUCUAGCUUGUGCAAUGCUAUGUGCAUCCCACCUCCAGAUCCAGAGCACGCCCCCGAAGCGGAUGGCGAGGAGGGUUCGAGUACCUGGGAGCCACAUCUCUGGAGUUACUGAUCAAAUUCAAUUCAACUCACAACUUGAUGAUGAAGAAUAGCAACAUAAUGUAUCUAGAUCAUUGUAGGUUCCGAAGUCCACAUUUAGUUAGCAUGACGAAAAAGCUUGGAGAUGUCACACGUUCUGAGUCUCCAUUUCAGUGUGGCGGUGCCUUACGAAAUGCGAAGAAAUACAAGACUUUUUAGUGCUUCGAUCCCUAAUGUAUCCCUUCCAUGUACAUUUGACAUGUCGGCGUGAGUAGAUCAUUUGAAACUGACUCACAAUCGGAACUCUUUUAUUCUCUUUAUUAGACAACAUCACUGAGCUUUCCUCAAGUGAAUACGCCA